AUGCCCAACCGCAGGGCCAGCCGCAAUGCCUACUAUUUCUUCGUACAGGAGAAGAUUCCCGAACUGCGCCGGCGAGGCCUGCCGGUGGCCCGCGUGGCAGACGCCAUCCCCUACUGCUCGGCCGACUGGGCGCUCCUGAGGGAGGAUGAGAAGGAGAAAUACUCAGAAAUGGCUCGAGAGUGGAGAGCAGCCCAGGGAAAGGAUUCUGGGCCUUCAGAGAAGCAGAAACUUGUAUCUACACCACUGAGGAGGCCAGGCAUGCUUGUACCAAAACCAAGUGUUUCUCCCCCUGAUAUGUCAAAUUUAUCUAUAAAAAGUGAUCAAGCUCUCCUUGGAGGCAUUUUUUAUUUUCUGAACAUUUUUAGCCAUGGUGAGCUACCUCCUCAUUGUGAACAGCGCUUCCUCCCUUGUGAAAUUGGCUGUGUUAAGUACUCCCUCCAGGAAGGUAUUAUGGCAGAUUUCCACAGCUUUAUCCAUCCAGGUGAAAUUCCACGAGGAUUUCGAUUCCAUUGCCAGGCUGCAAGUGAUUCUAGUCACAAGAUUCCUAUUUCAAACUUUGAAUUCGGGCAUGACCAAGCAACUGUGUUACAAAACCUCUAUAAAUUUAUUCAUCCAAACCCAGGGAACUGGCCACCUAUUUACUGCAAGUCUGAUGAUAGAGCCAGAGUCAACUGGUGUUUGAAGCGUAUGGAGCGGGCAUCAGAAAUACGGCAAGAUCUAGAACUUCUCACUGUAGAGGACCUUGUAGUGGGGAUCUACCAGCAAAAAUUCCUCAAGGAGCCCUCUAAGACCUGGGUUCGAAGCCUCCUAGAUGUGGCCAUGUGGGACUAUUCUAGCAACACGAGGUGCAAGUGGCAUGAAGAAAAUGAUAUUCUCUUCUGUGCUUUAGCUGUUUGCAAGAAAAUCGCGUACUGCAUCAGUAAUUCUCUAGCCACUCUGUUUGGAAUCCAGCUCACUGGAGCUCAUGUGCCACUACAAGACUAUGAGGCCAGCAACAGUGUGACACCCAAAAUGGUUGUAUUGGAUGCAGGGCGGUACCAGAAGCUAAGAGUUGAGAGUCCAGGAUUCUGUCAUUUCAACUCUUACAAUCAGGAACAGAGAUCAAACACAUCUACUGGUUAUUAUCCAUCUGGGGUGAAAAUUUCGGGCCCUAACAGCACUGUUCGAGGAAGAGGGAUUACCCGCUUACUAGAGAGCAUCUCAAGUUCUUCCAACAACAUCCACAGAUUCUCCAACUGUGAGACCUCACUCUCACCUUACAUGCCCCAAAAAGAUGGGUACAAAUCUUUCUCCUCCUUUUCUUAA